UUGCUUCUUAGGAUUAUUGACAGCAUUCGUGGUGAAUCUUUAAAGCGUCAGUGGAUUAUAUUUGAUGGUGAUGUUGAUCCAGAAUGGGUAGAGAAUCUUAACUCUGUCCUGGACGACAACAAGCUGCUAACUCUUCCAAACGGAGAACGGUUAGCGAUCCCUCCGAACGUCCGAAUCAUGUUUGAAGUUCAAGAUCUAAAAUAUGCAACUCUAGCAACUGUCUCCAGAUGCGGCAUGAUGACCAUUGAUGAAGCUGAGGAAGAUAUCAGUUUUACUUAUGCACCAUUGACCACUGCCAGUUCGCAGAAUGAUCUUCAGCCGCAAACCCCAAGUCCUAGCGAACCAGUUGAAACACUGCACCAACAACGUCAGUCUUUCAGCCCCUCGUUACAAGUACAACGGGAUAUAGCCGGCAUUCUCGCUCCUUACUUUACUGAUAAUGGCCUCAUUUCCAGGUGUCUCGAGUACGCUCGAUCACUUGAUCAUGUAAUGGACUUCACCCGAUUGCGUGCACUGACUAGCCUCUUCGCUCUUCUGAAGCAAGGUGUCCGCAAUGUUCUUGCCUAUAAUUUGUCUCACCUUGAUUUCCCUUUGACGCCUGACCAGCUUGAGGCAUAUAUAUCUCGCUAUCUUAUUAGUUCAACAGUUUGGGCGCUGGCUGGUGACGGAAGACUGCGAAUUCGUGAACAACUGUCUGACUUUAUUCGCAGCAUCACUACACUUCCUCUACCUCCACCAGGAAGCCCGAUUAUAGACUAUGAAGUCAGUCUAACUGGAGACUGGAUUCCUUGGAUUCAGAAGGUUCCCGCUAUCGAAGUAGAGACACACAAGAUCACUUUAAUGGACGCAGUUGUGCCAACUCUGGAUACUGUUCGUCACGAAUCUUUGCUCUAUACUUGGCUUGCAGAGCACAGACCAAUGUUGAUUUACAUCUCUUAG